AUGGGUCAUGGAAUGCUUCUCUUCUGCUUGGUUUUCCAUUCUCAUAAGUGGUUCUCCAUGUGGGUCUUUCAACCAAGUAAAGGUUUGAGACAAGGAUGCCCUCUGUCCUCUUUGCCUUUUACCUUAGUUACUGAGUACUUCUCAAAUCAAAUGGCUAAUAUGGUGAGGGAAGGUCAAAUUACUCUUCUUAGAGGAAUCUCUAAGGAAGGUUUACAUGUAUUAUAUAUGUUCUUUGCUGAUGACUUGAUGGUAGUGCUCAAAGCUGAUGUCCAAACUGCAAGAAACCCUGUCACUGCUAUGAGUAAGUUUGUAAUGCUUUCAGGUUUAAAAGUGAGCCCAGAGAAGAGUAAUAUUUUCUUUACGAAGUCAGUAAAAAGAGGAGAAGAAGGUUGA